GGUGCAAUUAAUUAGAAAAUCUCGGUAUAUAAAUUUAAAAAGAGAAAAAAAAUAAAAUCUCUCAGGUCUAGAACCAAACAGAGCUCUCUCCUUCUAGGCCUAACAUUUCGUUUGGCGUUCUCCUAUUUCCAGCGUCUCUUUGCGGCUGAGUGGUCUUUUGAAUUCUUUGGUGGAAACUUUUGAACAAAAUCGAAGUUACAGAGACUUAACGAUUAAAAGAGAAAGAAUGGAAACACAAAAGAGCCAGGCCGAGAAACAAGCGACGAUGGCUUCAUGUAGAAAGAAAAAGAAUGAAGAAGCCACCUUCCUUGAAGACUUGAAGGAUCACAUCGAUGAGUUUGUUAAUGCAUCAAUGGAUGAGCAUAAAACUUGCUUUAAGAAGACCAUCCAAAAGAUGUUUGGAAUGUCAAAAAUUGUAGCUGAAAGGAAUGCUGAAUCAAAGGAAACAACAGUAUCAAAAUAAAGUAUGUUCAUCUUUAAUAGCAUGAUAUGUAGUAGCAUGAUUUGGUUUACACUAUAUUUAAAACAAAGCCUUCGGUACUUUUUGAUCAUAUGUUCAUCGAAUACCUCUUUUGUCGUUUGAAAUUUGGUUAUCAAUAUUUGCCUUUUUGAUUA